GCGACGCUGGCCACUAUACACAAAUCCAGCGCUAGAUGUAAAUACUGCUAACUUAAUUAGCUAGAUGUCUUAACUGUUCUCUUAACAUUCAGUUUUCAACUAUUCAGCCAUGCCUCUUUCAGACACAAUGUACUGUGCUCAGCAAAUAAACAUCCCUCCUGAGCUGCCAGACAUCCUUAAAAACUUCACCAAGGCAGCCAUCCGGACACAGCCUAAGGAUGUACUUGUAUGGUCUGCUGCGUAUUUUUCAGCGCUGUCCAAAGGAGAACGUCUGCCUGUUAAGGACAGGCUGGAGAUGAAUGUUGCUACCCAGAAAACAGACACUGGGCUGACCCCAGGCCUACUAAAGACUCUCCACAAACAGCUCUCUGCCAAGCAAACAUGCAGCAGGGAAGAUCUGCAGAAGAAAUGGAAGGGCCUGUGUCUACCCAUGGAUCAGCUGGAGAAUCUGCUGUCACUGGGCAGCUUCGGCCCAGAUAUUGACUGGAUGGAGUUUUUUGCCCUCGGCUGUAGUGCUCUGGGAGGGACCCUCAUGGCUGCUCUGAAGUAUGCCUGUGAGAUUCUGACAGAGGAUGAGGAUGGUGGUGCUGCAAGGAUCCCAUUCCACACCUUUACUGAACUCUACACCUACCUGGCUGUUUUGGAUGGUGACAUACCACAAGACCACCGAGACAUGUUUCUCAACAGCCUACAAGCACAAGUGGAACUGCAGCAUGGAAUGAUUAAACCUCUAGACUUUAUCCAUCGAGAUGAUAUGGACCCAACUUCUGCUGGUUCAUCAGACUUUUCCAGGAGGACCUCAAGAGCUGAAUAAAAUUGAGCAGACUGACAUAAAGAUAUUUUCUAACUUAUAUGAUGAAUAUUGAAAGGUAAUCCGGGUCCUGCAAAAUCUGCUGGAAAAAUGGGUGAAAUGUCACUGACGCCAACCCUACCUUUCCUCAAGAAAUGUUUAAGAAGCCCUUCCAGGAACUGAGGUGGAGCCACCAAACAUAAACAACCACACUUACAAAGGUACCUGUAAAUCAAACAAAAACUCCCAAAGCAUUGUUGUUUGAUGAUAAUCUUCCAAAUAGACCAUUCUCUACUGAGACACAUAUGAGGCAUGAAAUGAAAUAUCAAGAACUGAUCCUGUGAAAUAAAUAUAUUGAAUAUUUAGGAAUUAAUUUAGCAUAGUUUUCCACUGAUGUGAGGAGCAUUGUAUUUUUUUUUUGGAACUACAGUUUAUGUUUGUACCUUUGUUUGUGUGUAUCUAAUCUGUUUGUCUAAAGUGGAUAAAAGAGAUGAUUCAAUCUGUUCAUAUGAAGGAUUUUACCUUGUCAAACAUCUGUCACACUUUACAGUUUCUUUAGGAUCGACUCAGUAAUGCAGGAUAACAAUAAAUAGGGAUUGUCCACGCUG